ACACGCUUAUAAUUCUUUAUAUUUAAUUUUCUAUUAGUUUAGUAUAAUAUAAAAGAAGUUGGUGCUUGUUAUUGAAAGCUAAGUGUGUUGUGGAUAGGUUUGCCUGCGUACUGUGCGGAGCAGGCUGGGACGGACGACACAACCAGACGUCAGACACAAGGCACUAGGUUAAAAGGGUGCCAUAAACUGCUGCUUUAUUUAACGUAUUUUGGCAGAACAAGACAGUGACAGGGGCCGUGGUGGGUGCCUGCGUGUGCUGGUGCAAGCUUGGUGCCUGCCGGGAGGUGCCUGCAGUGCCACAAGGGAUAAUAUUGAUACAAAUGUAGAGGGACGAAAUAGGGAAGCAGGAAGACCACCACCACCACCACCAUCACCACCAGCAGUGUGGAAGAAAGUUUAGAUGUAAACAAAGCGGUGGUUUCCUUCCAGCUGGUGAUAAAACUUAUUCUCGCUCUCCCAUGUCACGGAAGCAGUGAUAAGCACACGAGGAGGAAAGCAAUGGCAACCCUCCGAUCCGGCAAGCAAGUUGGCGGCAGCGAUGGCGGUGGCGGUGGCAGUGGUGGUGAGGUGGACGGCAGGGACAGAGGGGCAGUACAGGCUGCGGACAUCAAGGAGAAGAAAUUGAAUUGGGAUGCCUUGCUCAAAAGAAAGUACCUGCUCCCUUUGUACCAAGAAUCAGUACUGAGUUAGAUGUUAGUAAUUUUUCUGAAGAGUUCACUGCAAUGAUACCACAGGAUUCUCCAGCAAUCGUUCCUCCAGAUGUUGAGAAAAUGUUCAAUGGCUACUCCUACGUUGCUCCAUCAAUUCUCUUCACUGACAAUGUCAUCAGCGACAGCAGCAGCCUUUUCAAGAUGUCACCAGACAGAAGACCUUCCACAACCAACCUAUUAUUGGCUUGUAGCUUUAAGGACUCACCAUUUUUCCAAAAAUACGAACUGAAUCUCCGAGAUAAUAUACUCGGAGACGGCAGCUUCAGUGUCUGUCGGGAAUGUGUACAAAAGUCCAGCGGGCAACAACACUUUCCUGUGGAGAUAGUGUCAAGAAGACUAGACUGCCAACAAGAAAUCAAUUUACUCUGGGCUUGCCAAGGACAUUCCAACAUUGUCAACAACCUCCAUGAAGUUUUCCGUGAUGAGGCACACACCUACAUUGUGAUGCAGCUCCUUGGAGGUGGAGAGCUGGCUGCCUCAGAGGAUCAGGAAACACAAGAGGUUCACAGAGGCUCGCCUCGGGCUUCGGUCGUCGUGAGGAACCUGGUGUCAGCAGUUCACUACGUGCACAGGAAAAGCAUCAGUGUUCACGGAGACCUAAAGCCAGACAGGGGUGAAAAGGGUUGGUGUUGAGGAUAGGCAGAAAAGAAAAGAAAAGAAAGGAAAGGUAAAAAAAGGAAGUUUUUUUGCAUUGAUUUUCCAUCUGCUUAUUUUAAAGAAUUUAUUGCACGGAAUAUUAUUGAUCUCCAUCAUUUGUAUGGCCUUUAUAAUAAAAAGUAUGAAUUUA